GUUUAUUGUUCCCAUUAUCUAUUCCACCCUUCCGCCGCCCGUCCUGAUCCACUUCAUUUACCCUCAGCACCACCGCCUCAACUGAUAACCUCGGUGCUGCCAAUCCUUUGCGCCAGGAGCUAUUAUGGCAGCUACACAAAAGCUAUACCCCCGCGCGACCGUUAAACGCGUCGUCAAGGCGCACUCCAACCGCAACGUGAGCAAGAAUGCCGAUAUUCUGAUCUUCCUCGAUUACAUGCUGUUCAUGCAAGAACUGAUGCGGGAAUCCUCAAUUCAAUCGCGCAAAGCGGGCGAAAAGAACAUCUCCCCAAACAGUGUUCGGAAGGUGACUGAGAGAACCCUUCGGAAGUUUAAAGGAUAAGCUUGUGCACCGUGUGCGGUUCAGCCUUCUUCUCCGGGCUCCUGGAGAGCAUGUAUGAUGUCGCAAUGGCCUUGUAGUGACGGGACUAUACUAUAACGAGAUGGGCAUUGGACUUGGGAAGGAAUAUCCGUAGGAGGUUGGCUUUUGCUCUGGAGUUUAUUUUCUUUUGCGCACCAUGCCUCCCCCACGGGACAAUGACUGAUGAGACUUGGUCAGACGAUGAUGGGAGGUGUGCGCGGCGUUAAUUAGGAGUUGUUUGUGAUGAUACCCAACGAUCAUGGUGAUCUAAAGCAGCAGGG